AUGGCUACCGGAUUCAAGUUGCAGGAUGCAUUGCUCUUGAGUGAGUGCAUAUCGUCAGCCGCUACUGCUAGAAGCCAUGCUGAACAAGUGAUGCAAGAUGCGGCACAAAGGUUGCGAGGAAAUAUUUUGUUUGAAGAACCAGACAAUAUCAAGAAUGGUGAUGGUGAGACAGACAUUGCCCAUGUUGCUGUAACUGUUGAUGUGGACACUGGGGAAAUACAAGAUUAUGAAGUGAAGUCUCUUUUCUGUCAUGAGUGCAAGGCACAUAGCGCAGAGGAUAAGGAAAUAAGGAAGGAGGAGUGUGUGGGACAUGUGCAGAAGAGACUAGGAACAGCAUUGAGGAAGUACAAGAAUGAUCACAAAGGAAAGAAAUUAUCAGAUGGCAAGAGUGUUGGAGGAAAGGGACGGCUAACAGACAAGACAAUUGACAAGAUGCAAAAUUAUUACGGGAAAGCUAUUAGGGAGAACAAAGGUAAUUUACAAGAAAUGAAGAGGAGCAUAAAGGCGAUUCAACACCAUAUCAUUAGGGAUGACUCCAAACCCCUACAAGAGCAACAUCAUUACUGUCCAAGAUCUCGUGAUACAUGGUGUAAAUACUGGAAAGACAUAAAUGAGGGAACAUCUACGUAUAGUGAGGAUAAUCGGCUACCUCCAGUUUUUAUGGAAGAGUUGGAGCCCACCUUUACAAGAUUAUCCAACUAUGAUCUCUUGCUUAGAUGUUUGAAGGGCAUGACUCAAAAUCAAAAUGAAUCUGCCAAUGGAAUGCUAUGGUCAAAAUGUCCAAAAACCAAGUUUUGUGGGGCACGGCGAGUUCGUAUUGCUGCUUGUGAAACAGUGGCAGUUUUCAACACUGGUGCUGCUAGCAAGGCAAUGUUUAUGGUUUUAUGUGGAGUUACUCCUGGAGAGAAUUCAAUCAGAGCUCUUAGACUUCAGGACAGAGUUCGAUUUCAAACAGCUGCGAAGAAGGUCGCAGAGAAAUACAAGAACCAGAGAAGGAAACUUUGUGCUAUGCAGAAAUCCAAGGGUGAUAAGGAGUCAUACCAACCAGGAGGCUUCAGUUUGAGCUCCCAGCCUGACCUUCAAGAGAAGAAAAAGAAAAGGAAGAGGACUGUCAAGGACAAGGAUGGGUCUAGCAUGGAAAUUGCUGUGCCAACAACAGAUGUCGCUAGUAAGGACUUGAAUCACUUGAUGCUACUGACUGUUGUUGGUAUGUACACAUAUAUAUAA